GUGAUUUUUGAUUAAUAUUGACUCAAUGACUGAAAAGUUAUUAGCUAUUUUACUCGUCGUGUCGGGUAUUCGGACGGUCGUUUGCCAGGAAGAAAGUCUUAACGACUAUGAGUACGAAAUAGGAGAGUAUCAAUACAUUGUAAGUUUUCAGAAAUCCGGUAAACAUUUUUGUUCGGGAUCUAUAGUGACCAGCACGAGGAUUUUCACAUCGUGUAACUGCGUGGCGCAGUGGAGUAACAACUUAAAGAGGGCAGUGGCAAUUAACACGGAAUCUAUUAAUAUCAUCGCAGGAAGUAAGUAUUUAAAUCCUAGUGGUGUUAAACACCAGAUGAGAACGGUGGCACAAUUUCAAAUGCAUCCGCAGUGUAGUAAAUUAAGCGAAAGCACUUGGACAUCGAAUUUAGCAUUCGCGAUACCCUCGCAUCCUUUUGGGUUUAACGAAUACGUCUCUGCAGUGCCGAUCUUUUCACACGAGACCAAAGUCCUUCUAACGGCGUUAUCCGAACUCAUCAAUGUCCAAGGGUGCAUCACUGUCGGUUGGUCGUGGGCGGAAUCGAAUCGAACCGAACUGACUCUAUUUCAAGUCAACAUUAUGAAGUACAAAGACUGCAUCAACAUCAGUUGCGAUAAAGACGCCGAACUCUGCUUGCCGAACGGCUUAGAAUACGUCUGCGGCAAAGAGAAGAACAAAUCGGACGAGAUAUGCACCGGAGACUUGGGCAGUCCUCUUAUUUGUUACGGUUAUUUAUGGGGUGUAGAAGGAUACCGGCCAAACUGCGGAUCGGGCAGGCCUAGUUUAUAUUCGGUCAUUUUAGCAAAUAUGGGAUUUUUUAAAAGCGCCUUAAACCGAGCCGCUGUAACGUACAUUUGUGCAUUAGCAAUGAUGGUUAACGUCUGUCUACUCUAUCUUCGAUAACUAGCUAACAAUUUGUUCAAAUUAAA